AUGAAGAGAGUUAGUGAAACUGAAAAUAAGAAUAUUUCUAAAAUUCCUAAAACACGACAGAAUACCGCUUAUUCGACUAGUAAUAGCGGUUUUGGAACUGAUCCCGGCUAUUUUGAUAAACUUUCCGAAUCAAUCGACAUAAAGGAAAUGCUUGGUUUGACGAUAAGAGAGGGCAAAGUUUUCAAUAAUGAAGGGCAGUAUGUACUUUACAUUGUGGCCAAUAAGAACAUGAAAAUCAGCAAGAAGCUGGAUCUGAUUUUGGAAUACCUACAACGAGAUGAAGAUGACGGUAAAGAAAUAAUAAUUGUGUCUGUGGGUGAUUCAUACCAAAAAUCUAUCACCGUAAUAGAGAUACUAAAACAGAAGAUAAAACAAAAACAAAAGGGGAGAGCCGGCGCUUUUCGAAACGAUGCAAUUGCGAUUUUACCCAGAAGUGAAUCAUUGGUGAUAAAAGGCGAGACCGUGCGUGAAGAUAAACUACCAUUUAAUUAUAGCCAACUAAACUUUUUGGAUUUCAAAAUCCAGGAGAGGGAAUUUGGAGACAAGGCUAGGAUGGACAGCAAUGGAGAGGUUUAUCGAGAAAAUGACCUAUAUGAUAGAGGGACAAUCGAUAGUGUAUUAAAAGUGGACAAACCUGUUAAACAACCGGUAAUUUACACCUACAUGCUGUUCCAUAGGGAGCAGGUUACCCCCAUGAGGUACGUAAAGAAAAUCAGUUUCUUAUUAUCGAAUGGGUGGAGUGAGCAAACACAGUGA